AUGGUUAAUAUGUGGGCGGACCCGGCGAGUGCGACGGCCGACGAGCUCGGCCUCGUCGUCAUCGCGGUGAGGAUCGCCGGGGCGACCGCCAAGGCCACCGGCGACCGCAUCGCCCGGCUGCAGGCCGCCGAGACGUCGCCCCGGCGGCGGCUGGUUCUGGAACAGUGCGCCAAGGACUACGCCUUGACCGUGCGCCGGCUGGGGCGCGCCGCCAGGGACUUGGCCGCAGGCGGGGACGAGGACAUGCUGACGGAGGCGGCCACCCUGCUGGAGCAGGUUCGUGGCACGCCGGUGCGCUGCGACAAGGCGUUCCUCUUCCGGGCCGGCGAGAGGACGCCGCUGACCGACGCAGACCACGAGCUCAACGGCGUGAGCUGGCUGGCGUUGAAAAUCUUGCGGCACUGCUUAAACAACGGGGCAAAAUGA